AUGGACGACCAGCAAAUUCUCCACUAUGACAGCGAGACACGGAGAGAGGAGCCACGGGGGGACUGCGUGCAGGGGGCCGUCGACCCAGACUUCUGGGACGGGGAAACCAGGAGCUUGCGGGGCUGGCAGUGGGGAUUUGAAGCAAAUCUGGUCACCCUGUGGCAGCGCUACAACCAGACCAGCAGUGACUGUGGGCAGACAGGCAUGGACAGGACCAUGGAGGACCCUGGGCCUGAGGGGGUCUCACACUCUCCCUUCAUGUACGGCUGUGAGCUUGGUGAAGACGGCAGUGCUGGAGGCUACAUGCAGUUCAGCUAUGAUGGGGGAGACUUCCUUAGCUGUGCCCUGAGAACACGCACCUGGGUAGCAGUCGUACCACAGGCCCAGAUCACCCAGCGCAAUUGGAAUGAGGAUAAGGCCCUUCUGACUGCAAGAGCCUACCUGGAGGAGCCCUGCAUCGAGUGGCUGCAGAAGUACCUGCAGCACGGGAAGGCAGCGCUGCAGAGCAAGCCCCCCAUGGCACAGGUGAGUGACAAGCCAUCAUCCAGGGAUGGACUCACCACCCUGUCCUGCCAGGUCCAUUGCUUCUACCCCAAGUACGUGGCUGUCAUCUGGUUGAAGAAUGGGGAGGCACAACCCCAGGAGACGAGCUGCUCAGGGGUCGUUCCCAGCACAGAUGGGACCUACCACACCUGGGUCACCAUUGAGAUCAACUCAAGCAGCAACCACAACUACACCUGCAAUGUGGAGCACAUGAGCCCGGAUGCAGACCUGCAAGUGGCCUGGGACAAGAGCAGGAAGGGUGAGUGA